UAGUGUGGGAGGGACGUAAGUUCGAGAAAUUGGAAUGAAAAUGUUGGAUGUGGAAGUAUGAACGAUUGUAAAGCGAUCGUGACAGACGAAUAUGCAUGUCAUUCAGUAGAAACAAUAAUCUAUAACAAAUUCUAGUAUGUAAAAUGGUGUAUAUUGCACCAGAUGGUACAGUGCACCAGACACGUCCAUGGAGUUUAGGACGUGUUGUGGACGUCUUCUGGGGCACAGUUAAUUUCGUAACACAAUUUUUCCAAUCAUUACUUGGUUUUAACAAUGCUGCCGUUACUGGUGGUAACAGACGUGGGGGCGGCAGCGGAGGAGGAGGUGGUGGAAAUGGACCAGGUGGACCUGGAGGGAGACCUCCAAGGAGAAUAGGAACUAUUAAAGAGAUUCAAGAUUGUUCUAUGCCUGCUGGAGGUGGAUGAGCUAGGUAAACUCCCCAAUAACAUUUAGUUUUGUUAUAAGGGGAGUUUACUUUAUAGCUGAACAAGUUCACUUAACAGUAUGACAUUGAGUUCUUAAACCUUGCCUUAGAGGAGGAACUUGAUUGAAGUAAGUUUACUUGUUUGGCUCUCCAGCACUUAAUUAUUACAGAAAUCAUCAUUUUGAGAUAAAAUUUUCAUUGUAUUAAAGUUUGUUCAUAAUAAUAAUAAAGUUAUAUAUUUGUGCUGGACGUAAUCACUAAAAA